UGGAAAUCUCAAAUACUGAAAUAUUCUUCUGAAGAUACGUUUUUGGCAGGUGUUCUUCGACAAAUAUUAAUAAGACCUCCAUUGUUAAUAUUUUCUUAUGAGCCUAGAAAUGAUGGUUCUGGAAAACGCAUUAGAACACCCAAAAUUGUUCAACCAACAAUCAGUUUUCGCUGGAUAGCAUCAUAUUAUAAUUUGACAUGGAUUUUAUUUUUAUUGACA